CAGCAGCAGCCCCGCACCGCACCGCAGCACCAUCACUGCUGCUUCUCGCCUGCACGGUAACAUGGUAUACAGGGCUCGGCUGUUGUAGCCAAGGGCCACUUAAUCAGUCACUCAGCUAGUCCGGUGUUUGUGUUUGGAUGUGUGUGCAGUAAGAGGCAGACGCAGCAGCAGCAGCAGCAGCAGCAGCAGGCCAGUAAGCGGACGGAGAUCGGUCCUACACCGCUGUUCAUCACGAGCACGGGGAGGAAGGAGUCCGGAGCAAAGCGAGCAUCCCGCAUCUCUACCCCGGCUGUCCUGAACAACAGCCCCCCGCUGAACUGGAACUGAGAUACUCAUCCACUCCACGGACACAGUCGCGGAUUAAUAGGGUGUGGGGGAAAAAAACGGGUCUGGCUAGCGCUAUAGUCACUAUUGUUGUCAAGGAAACCAAGAGUCCUGUCCUGUUGCCAUGGGGAAACAGAACAGCAAGCUGCGGCCAGAGAUGCUGCAGGACCUCCGAGAAAAUACGGAGUUCUCUGACCACGAGCUGCAGGAGUGGUACAAGGGAUUCUUAAAGGAUUGCCCAAGUGGAACCCUAAAUGUGGAGGAGUUCAAGAAAAUCUAUGCCAAUUUCUUCCCUUACGGUGAUGCCUCUAAAUUUGCUGAGCACGUCUUCCGCACAUUUGACACCAAUGGCGACGGGACAAUAGACUUCCGGGAGUUCAUCAUCGCCUUGAGUGUGACAUCACGGGGCAAACUGGAGCAGAAACUGAAAUGGGCCUUCAGCAUGUACGACCUGGAUGGAAAUGGGUACAUCAGCCGUGACGAGAUGCUGGAGAUUGUACAGGCCAUCUACAAGAUGGUGUCAUCUGUGAUGAAGAUGCCAGAGGAUGAGUCCACGCCGGAGAAGAGGACAGAUAAAAUCUUCAGACAAAUGGACCUCAAUAAUGAUGGUAAACUGUCCCUGGAGGAAUUCAUCAAAGGUGCCAAAAGCGACCCCUCCAUCGUCCGGCUACUUCAGUGCGACCCAAGCUCAGCUUCCCAGUUCUGAACGCCCCUCCACAUCCCAACCCUGUGACAACCCUUUCCUCCUCACCCUCUCUGUUGCUAUUGAAACGGUCACUCAAAUCAAUGCAUGCUGCUUCUCGUCUCUCAUAUCAACUGUUCUGUUGUUAUUUUAUGAAAUAACGAAUGACGAAAUAUAAGGAGGCUGAGAAUUAGUCAUCACUAUCAUUUUACUUUUUAUCUUUAUAUGUGGGAAGGAUUGAAGGGACAUGCAUAGGUCAAAAGAUCUGUCGAUAGUGGAGUCUACUUACGUUCCUGAAUAUCUCUCACUUCCUCUAGAACACUGGAUUCCCAGGGAAUGUUUUUUUCUUUGCAGGGUGGGGAUUGCUCCGUUUGCCCUCCAACACAUGUAUAUCAUGUAUAUACUGUACGUCUAUGUAUAUCAUAAGAUGAAGUACAUGUUUCUUCAUGUAUGGUGCACUCUCUUUGGCAUUGAAAGGCAGUAUUAUGUAGCGUAGCUUCCAGGUCUGAUCUAAACAGAAGGGCGGGGCAGAGAUGGGUGGGGGAGGGAUGUUAUUGGGAUUUUACUGCUAUAUGAUCUUUCGCUGAGAAAAAGAAGGCCUAAGAUCCCAUUUGUUUUUUAUUGAUAUACUGGCAUCUUUUGUUGAUUUUUGAAUUUGAAAUGUUGCUUCAUGUUGUACAUAUUUUUUUUCCUCCGUCAUGCCGUUUUAUUUAUUAAUUUGUUUUCUUAUUAUUGUCCUCUUACUUUGACAUGUUGUAAAGCGAAAUGACCAUGUUCCAGUUUACAGUUACAGAGAGUAAGAAAGUGUCAUGAGAAUAUUAUCUUGGGGAUUUGUGGCUUAUUGUGGAAUGAAGGGAAACCGUAAUGCGUAUGAUCAAGGACACCCGAAGAACAUAUCGUUUGAGCAGCUAUGUGUUUAUUAAGUAUGGUUGUGCAUUUGGUAAGGACGAGUGUAUGUGCAUGUUCAUAUGCACUGUUUGCUUGAAGCUAACUUUUACAGUAUUAUUACGUCGUGUUGUUUCUUCAUUUGUAAUUCUUUGACAUUGAGCAGUAAACUUAAGAUAGUCGUUAGCCGUCACUAUACUGCAUGAUCCUACGAACCAAAAUAUGACAACACCCACAAAAAACAGAAAACAUACAGCAGUAUCUUUUUUGUAGUUCUGCAGCCUCCUCAAGACUGUACCAAAAAGAAAUCAAUUAUUAUUUGUCUUGCCCCCCCCCCUUUACACACACACACACACACACACACACAUAUAAACACCAUAACCGUUUCCCUCUGACUGACAGAGAACUUUGUAAGGGCUCGUUCAUCACUCUCUAGCUCAGUGAUUCUCAAAGUGGCGCCCCAGGACCCCCAGGGGUCCGCGAACCAUAGCUUGGGGGUCCGCGGAACAAUUUACAAACAAUUGUAAAUGACCAUUCGUUCAUUCAUAGCAUUGAAAAAGCCUAUCUACAAACUGGGACCUCUUGCACCAAUAAAAUCAGCUAUUUUGUCCAAUACUCCCACCCACUUUAGUUUUGUGCCAUUAGAUUGAUUCUGAUAUGAUCGUGACA